UUUCUGAUGCACCAUUGCUGACUUUAUUAGUAGAACAUUUUUUCUGAGAAUACGCAGUGAAAUAAUUAACAAACCUCAGAACCUAAAAGCAUCACUCUCUCACUCAGUCAACGCCCCCACACACAGCCUCAGAACCGCAGCACACAUAUAUUCUCAGGUUUGAUCUGCUGCCACUGGCGUCGGAUCUGCUCCGUCACAGAUUUCUGCCGCCUGCGAUCCUCUACUCAAAUAGUCUCUUUCCACGAAAUUGCAAUUCAAAGUUGGUGGUGCCAAAACUUGUCAUUAGUACUGUGGAGAAACCAGGGAAGCGACAUGCCAUUUUACGUGACCUGUGUCUGAAGGUAUCAACAAAAUAUAACACUACUCAUAGCAAAGCAAAAGUGUACUGUAAUUGUUGAAGGCCGAUGAAGAAUUUUUUAAUUGAUCGUAAAAUCGCCAUCGAAGAACAAAAGCGCUUUAGUAAUAAAAUUACUGAGAGAAUGAGGACAGCAAGAGCUGUAAGCCAAGCCGCCAAACAAUUCAAUGACCUGAUCAUGCAGUACGACGUGUUCUUGAGCUUUAGAGGAACAGACAUUCGUAGUGGUGUCCUCUCACACCUUAUAGCCGCUCUCUCAAAUGCGGGAGUCAACACUUUCGAGGAUGAAAAGUUUGAAAGGGGAGAAAGGAUAAUGCCCUCACUAUUGCGAGCCAUAGCAGGGUCUAAGAUACACAUCAUCCUUUUUUCCAAUAACUAUGCUUCAUCUAAAUGGUGUCUUGAUGAGCUGGUCAAAAUCAUGGAAUGCCAUAGAACUUACGGCAAUGAGGUUUUACCCGUAUUUUACAAUGUUGAUCCAUCGGAUGUACGUAAUCAAAGGGGUGAUUUUGGACAAGGCUUGGAAGCACUUGCACAAAGAUAUUUAUUGCAAGGGGAGAACGAUGUGUUGAAGAGUUGGAAGAGUGCACUCAAUGAGGCAGCAAAUUUGGCUGGUUGGGUUUCAAGGAAUUACAGGACUGAUGCUGACCUAGUGGAAGAUAUUGUUGAGGACAUCAUUGAAAAACUUGACAUGCACUUAUUGCCAAUUACCGAUUUUCCAGUUGGAUUAGAAUCCCGUGUGCCAAAACUGAUUAAGUUUGUUGAUGAUCAAUCAGGCAGAGGUUGUGUUAUAGGGAUCUGGGGAAUGGGUGGAUUGGGUAAAACAACCAUUGCCAAAUCCAUCUACAAUGAAUUUCGUCGUCAGAGAUUCAGGCGAAGUUUCAUUGAAACAAAUAAUAAAGGGCAUACUGAUUUGCAAGAAAAACUUCUUUCAGAUGUCCUAAAAACAAAGGUUAAGAUACAUAGCGUUGCCAUGGGGAUAUCUAUGAUUGAGAAAAAACUUUUUGCAGAAAGAGCUCUCAUUAUACUUGAUGAUGUGACUGAGUUUGAACAAUUGAAAGCCCUAUGUGGAAAUUGUAAAUGGAUUGAUCGUGAAAGUGUACUCAUCAUCACAACCAGAGAUUUGCGCCUGCUUGAAGAACUUAAAGAUCACCAUGCAGUCCAUAUAUGGAAAAUAAUGGAAAUGGACGAGAAUGAGUCCCUUGAGCUUUUUAGUAAGCAUGCUUUUAGAGAAGCAAGUCCAACAGAAAACUGGAAUAAACUCUCAAUCGAUGUAGUUGCUUAUUGUGCAGGACUACCACUAGCUCUUGAAAUCCUUGGAUCUUACUUACGUUGGAGGACGAAAGAAGAAUGGGAAAGUGUAUUGUCAAAACUGAAGAAAAUUCCCAAUUAUAAAGUUCAAGAAAAAUUAAGAAUAAGCUUUGAUGGUUUACGUGAUCCCAUGGAAAAGGAUAUAUUCCUUGAUGUAUGUUGUUUCUUUAUUGGUAAAGACAGAACCUAUGUUACAGAGAUACUAGAUGGCUGUGGACUACAUGCCAGUAUUGGAAUAAAAGUUCUCAUAGAGCAUAGCCUCAUAAAAGUUGAAAAGAACAAACUUGGAAUGCACCCUUUGCUACGAGAUAUGGGAAGAGAGAUAGUUUGUGAAAGUUCAAAAAAUGAACCUGGGAAGCGCAAUCGAUUAUGGUUUCAAAAGGAUGUACUUGAUGUAUUGACAAACAAUACUGGGACAGAAACUAUUCAGGGAUUGGCUGUGAAAUUACAUUUCACCAGCAGAGAUUCCUUCGAAGCUUAUUCUUUUGAGAAAAUGAAGGGAUUGAGACUGUUGCAACUUGAUCAUGUACAACUCUCUGGAAAUUAUGGGUAUCUUUCUAAGCAACUGAAAUGGAUCUGUUGGCGAGGGUUUCCUUUAAAAUACAUACCUAACAACUUUCAUCUGGAAGGUGUAAUUGCGAUUGAUUUUAAAUACAGUAAACUUAGACUACUCUGGAAAACACCCCAGGUUUUGCCGUGGCUGAAAUUCCUCAAUCUUAGUCACUCCAAGAACUUGACAGAAACCCCUGACUUUUCUAAACUGACAAGUCUUGAAAAGCUCAUUCUCAAAAAUUGUCCAAGUUUGUGCAAGGUACACCAAUCCAUCGGAGAUCUCCACAAUCUUAUUUUGAUAAAUUUGAAGGGCUGUACAAGCUUAAGAAAUCUCCCAAGAGAGGUAUAUAAGUUGAAAUCUGUGAAAAUUCUGAUCCUAUCUGGUUGUUCAAAAAUUGACAAGUUGGAAGAAGAUAUAGUGCAGAUGGAAUCCUUGACAACUCUAAUUGCUGACAAUACUGCUGUGAAACAAGUGCCCUUUUCAAUAGUAAGCUCAAAAAGCAUUGGAUAUAUAUCCCUUUGUGGAUUUGAAGGAUUAUCUCGUAAUGUUUUUCCUUCUAUCAUUUGGUCUUGGAUGUCACCAACAAUGAAUCCGCUAUCUUAUAUUGGUCAUUUCUAUGGCACAUCAUCAUCUCUAGUUUCCAUGGAUAUACAUAAUAAUAAUUUUGGUGAUCUAGCACCAACGUUUAGAAGCCUCUCAAAUCUUCGCAGUGUUUUGGUGCAAUGUGACACAGAAAUUGAACUAUCUAAACUAUGCAGAACAAUUCUGGAUGAUAUAAAUGGUUCAGAUUUUACUGAAUUACGAAUGACACCAUAUAUAUCACAAUUUUCAAAGCAUUCCUUGAGGUCAUAUUCAUAUUUGAUUGGAAUUGGAACUGGAACUGGAACUUACCAAGAAGUCUUCACUACUCUCAACAAUAGCAUAUCUAAGGAAUUGGCAACCAACGUGGCUUGUGAUGUUUCUCUCCCAGCCGACAAUUAUCCCUUUUGGUUGGCCCAUACAAGUGAGGGACAUUCCGUGUAUUUCACUGUGCCUGAGGAUUGUCGCUUGAAGGGAAUGAUUCUAUGUGUUGUAUAUUUAUCAACCCCUGAAAUCAUGGCAUCCGAAUGUCUAAUUAGUGUCUUGAUAGUUAAUUACACAAAGUGCACCAUCCAGAUACACAAGCGAGACACAGUAAUUUCCUUUAAUGAUGAAGAUUGGCAGGGCAUAAUAUCACAUUUGGGACCUGGAGACGAAGUGGAGAUUUUUGUGACUUUUGGGCAUAGAUUGGUGGUGAAGAAGACAGCUGUCUAUUUGACGUACGGUGAAUCAAUUGACAUGGAAAUAGAGCCUUCGCCCGAGCAAAAGGAAAAUGCCCUCAUUAGAUUCAUAAAGAAAAUUGUAACGUGUGACUUCUGUGAAUUCUGUCAACAUAGUGUUCAGUGCUCUCAACUGAACUCAAGGUAGAUGCUCGAAUCCCCGAAACGAUGGCAAAUUAAGACACGAGUAGAAAAAUGUUCUCAGUAAUAACAAAGCACUCUGAACAAGAUGAUUAUGCCUUCCAUAUGCAUAUAUAUUGCAAUCAAAAGUCAAGGUUGCCAA